UCAAGCGGUUAUACUAUAUCCAUAGAUAUCCACAAGCCAGAAAAUGCCAGCACUUUACACAUAGUCGACAUCCUUUCGUUGUGUCAUCUUCACCAUUUCCUUUUAAGAAACAUAGUCGUGCCAGAAUGCCGCUUAGUAGCAAGCACGAACAAUGAUAACAAGGCAGCAGCUGACCACAGCUGUGUAGAGAAAGAACAGCGGGUGCAGUGCAGCGGUCUAAGCCUGAAGAUUUGAUGAAGUGGAAGGUCAACCAGCUCACCGACACAGCACGGCAUGACAAAGAGGCAGACAGCCCUCCAUCCGAAUGUGCUCUCCACCAUUCCAUGGUAGCCAAUUCCAUCAUCCUGUUUUAGUUGUCAGGAAGCAGUCGGAACAUCUCGUGCAUGCAGUUCACUUCUGGUACGGUGAUGCCAUGAGUUUUUCUCAAGAAGACGAUUCAUUUCGAGAGAAGCAUGCGUCCUUCAAGAAAGAAGCUGGAGCUGCAGGUAUCGAUGAUGAGGAGGACCAGGACCGGAGGUCCCAUGCCUCUGCGGACGGAUCAAAUGCAGCCAGAGGCGCCGCCACCGGCCGGCGAUCCCGCGUCGCCUCGUCGGUCACCGACAUCUCGAGCAACUCGUCGAUCAACUACCGGAGGGCGAGGCAGGAUAGGUUCGCCGGCGACGGCUUCUGGUGCGGCGCUCUCUGCCUUCCCCUGCCGGGGCUGUCGAGGAGGCGGCCGAUGCAGCAGCAGCAAUCCAUGAGCCUGAGCGAGCCGGGCGCCCGGGCGAGCACGGCCGAGACGCGGGCCAGCGUGGCGUCCAAGGGGGCAUCCAUGGAGAGGUUCAAGUACAGCUCGUCGUCGUCGUCCAGCAUCGUGUUCGAGCGCGCCGGCGGCGAAGAGGAGGAGCAGGAGCAGGAGCAGGAGCCGUCCGCGUACUUUGACCUGCCGCUGGAGCUGCUCAGGAGCAGCAACGUCGACACGGAGUCGCCGGUCACGGCGGCGUUCCUCUUCGACGGCAGACGCGGCCUGGGCCCGAAGAAGUUCACGAUGCCCGAGCUGCCUGAACUUGAUUUUAGCUUCCCGGCACCGCCUGAACUGUCGAACCCGUCAUCACCAAGGACCUGACAAUCUCUCCUCCGCAUGCCAUUUGGUGUCAAUGGUUUGCCUUUGAGUUGAAGUAGGCAUGAGUUUCUCGAUUGCCUAUACACUGAUGUGUUUGACAUUCAUAUCGCUGUUCGCCUUUGGUUUUUGAAUUUCUUUUAUUUUUGUUAUAUUGCGUUUGACAACUUGAAAUGUAUACAUUUCUGUUUUAAACGGGCUAACAAUGUUACAGUUUACAUGGCACUAGGAGUAUAUCGCUGGUGUAUAUAGACAAAUACUGAAAACAGUUUCAUUUACAUUAAUAAAAGAGUAAAGUCCA